UCUUCCGGCACCCCACUUCCGGCGUCGUUCCCCGGCGUGCGGAGAGCUGCUCUGACGCGCUGCUGUCAGCUCUUCUUUUCCCCUCGGCAGGCACCAUGUUCCUGACCGCGCUCCUGUGCCGCGGCCGCAUCCCCGGCCGGCAGUGGAUCGGGAAGCGCCGGCGGCCGCGGACCGUGUCGGCGCUGGCGAAGCAGAACGUGAUCCGUCGCCUGGAGAUAGAAGCGGAGAACCACUACUGGCUGAGCCGGCCUUUCCUCACGGCCGAGCAGGAGCGCGGUCACGCGGCGGCCCGCAGGGCGGCCGCCUUCGAGGCGCUCAAGGCGGCGCAGGUCGCCAAGUUCCCCGCGCACCGUCGGCUGGAGGACCAGCUCGACCACCUCAACGUCACCAGGAGGUGGUACUGACCGUGAGCCCCGCCGGCCCCCGGCCCCGCAAGCUCCACUGCCCGCAGUGGGGGCUCGUUCGCCCCGGGUUACUCCCUCGCCUCCCUGAAGGACGGUGCGGACAUGGCCUGCAUCACAGACGACACAAACGUCGUUUGUACGAGGCCGUAAUAAAGCUACCAACUGUGCUUUUGGAGCGUCAGUGCGAGAUUCUUGUUGGGGCUUGAUCACGCCGCCGUACCUUCUGUUAACAAUAAUUGACUAAACGCAAAUGGAAAAAACGAGCUUUUUCAGUUAAACAGACUCAUAGAAAUAACGUUUUCUGCUGAGCUUUACAUCUAAAAGUGGGCAACUGAAAAUUCUGUUCAGUAAAAGCUAAAUUAAAGCUUUUUUGAUAAAGCCAUCUAUACUUUUGGCAUGGUAAGCUACAGUGUUGUCACAGUCAAGUAAUACUUGUGGUUACCCCUAAUUAGUAGAUUCUUAUUUCUAACUCAACACUGUAUGUUACCAGAUUUUCAAGAUGGCAAAAAUCAUAGCUGUUCUUUCAUUUUGUAAAUAGCAGUUUAUAACAAUAACAACAACUGUUCAAAUACAGGACUUUAUUUAUUAAUAAAGUAAAUCAUCAUCAUGA